AUGAUGGCAGUAAACAAACAACCCUUGGGCCUACUUUUCGACAUAGGGGGCGUCUGCGUCCUUUCACCUUUUCAGGCCAUAUUGGAUUACGAAAUUGCUCAUAACAUUCCCCCAGGAUGGGUGAAUUUUAGCAUCUCCCGAACAGCACCCAACGGCAGCUGGCACAAGCUGGAGCGGGGCGAGAUCAAAAUGGAUGCUGAUUUCUUCGCUGCAUUCAAAAAAGAUCUGCAAAAUCAAGUUCUCUGGGAGAAGUUCCAGGAAUAUCUUCAGCGAAAGCAGAAAAAGACCAAUGCUUCGAAUCAUGUAUCUACUCCGGUCCCUCCAAUGCCGGAGGUCGAUGCGGAACGGCUCUUCUGGGAAAUGAUGAGGAUAUCACGGACUCCAGAUCCUUAUAUUUUCCCAGCCUUGAAAAGGCUUAAGGAAUCGGGCAAAUUUAUUAUUGGAGCUUUGUCAAAUACGGUGAUCUUUCCCGAUGGACAUGAGUACAAUACCGACGACAACGGAGUGAAGUCACAGUUCGACAUCUUCAUUUCAUCCGCACAUACUGGUCUCAGAAAACCGGAUCGAAGGGUAUAUGAGCUUGCUUUGAAGGAAAUGGAUGUAGUCGCAAAGAAAAGGGGGAUUGAGCGACUCGCCGCUUCAGACGUCGUCUUCCUCGAUGACAUCGGAGAGAAUCUCAAGGGAGCAAAAAACUUUGGCAUGAGGACACUCAAGGUCAACCUUGGCAAGACACAAAAGGCAGUCAAAGAGUUGGAAGCGAUUACUGGUCUUCACUUGCUGGAAGAUCAAGAGAAGGCCAGGCUGUAAGACAUGUUAGCUGCCCUAUCAUUGCAGAACUCUAUGAAAUACAAGAAGCUGUAUGCAGUAAAUAAUUAGAUAACAAUAC